AGCCGCUUCGAGUCGAAGAUCCAUGACCUGAGAGAGCAGAUGAUGAACAGCAGCAUGAGCUCUGGCUCCGGCUCUCUCCGGACGAGCGAGAAGAGAUCCCUCUACGUCCGAGCCUUGUUCGACUACGACCGGACCCGGGACAGCUGCUUGCCCAGCCAAGGGCUCAGCUUCUCCUACGGGGACAUCUUGCACGUCAUCAACGCCUCCGACGAUGAGUGGUGGCAAGCCAGGCUUGUCACUCCCCAUGGAGAGAGCGAGCAGAUUGGGGUCAUCCCCAGCAAGAAAAGGGUGGAAAAGAAGGAGAGAGCACGGUUGAAAACAGUGAAGUUCCACGCCCGGACUGGCAUGAUUGAGUCCAACAGGUCGAUCAAAACGAAACGUAAAAAGAGUUUCCGCCUCUCUCGAAAGUUUCCAUUUUACAAGAGCAAAGAGAACCUGGCCCAGGAGAGCAGCGGACAGGAACAGGGCGUGACAUCAAACACCAGUGACAGCGAGAGCAGUUCCAAAGGACAAGAGGAUACAAUCCUGUCAUACGAGCCAGUGACGCGGCAAGAAAUUCACUACGCGAGGCCGGUGAUCAUCCUGGGGCCGACGAAGGACCGAAUUAAUGACGACCUCAUCUCUGAGUUCCCACACAAGUUUGGUUCCUGUGUGCCCCACACCACCAGGCCUCGGCGUGAGAACGAGGUGGAUGGACAAGAUUACCACUUUGUCAUAUCCCGGGAACAGAUGGAGAAAGACAUCCAGGACAACAAGUUCAUAGAGGCUGGGCAGUUCAACGACAAUCUCUAUGGGACCAGCAUUCAGUCAGUGCGGGCAGUGGCAGAGAGGGGGAAACACUGCAUCUUGGAUGUGUCUGGCAAUGCUAUCAAGAGGUUGCAACAAGCACAACUUUACCCCAUUGCCAUUUUCAUCAAACCAAAAUCCAUUGAAGCUCUCAUGGAGAUGAACCGGAGACAGACGUACGAACAGGCCAACAAAGUCUUUGACAAAGCCAUGAAACUCGAGCAAGAGUUUGGAGAGUAUUUUACAGCCAUCGUACAAGGAGACUCUCUUGAAGAGGUUUACAGCAAAAUCAAACAGAUCAUUGAGGACCAGUCUGGGCACUACAUCUGGGUCCCAUCCCCAGAGAAACUCUGAAGAUGUCCCCUACCUGCGUCCCUGUGAGCAGAAGAUCUCUGAAGUCUUACCCCACCCAAGCUCUCUGCCCCAAGGGGGAGGGAUAUGAAAAUUAUUCCUGCCCCCUUUUUUAGAUUGUCGCAAAAUUGAGUUUUCUAGUCCUGUUUCUUUUGUUGGGAUGAACGCAUCUCAUUCAUCACGUGACUGUUCCCACUGUUCCUGCAUGGACCUUCCCACUGCUCCAUUAGAGACAGAUGAGAACCCAUUCAAGGUUGUUUUUUUAUUAUCAUCAUUAUUAUUAUUAACUAAACC